GCUUGCUCAAUUCAUUUUUCGUGCAGCCUUGGAGCUAGAUCACAAAGAAAACGGUGAUCGAAGCGACCUGUUCUUCUGCAGCUUCGACCACGACAAAAAGGGCGCUGCCCCUUCCUUCGUGUAGAAGAAGCAGUUCUCUUGCUUCCCACUUUUCAUCGUUCUUAUUCCUCUGGACCCAGCAAUGACCUCCAGCAGACUACUCAAGUCAAGAUAAAAACCAACAGCAUGAAUCCUGACAAAGCAACGUCGAGCAGUGGUUCGAGCAGCCGGGCCGACGCAGCUCCUCCGGAAACGACUUUGCUCCCCUGGUCAACAACUUGCGAUGAUCUUGACGAGCGUCCCCCCGCGACCAACCCCUACGCAAACGCGUCGGCGCCGCCGUUGCUAGUACCAGACGAACAACUAGUACAACAGCAUGAUGAUGGUCGUGCUGCCAGUACUAGCUUGUUUCCUCCUGCGUCCACCACGUCAACUAGCUCCUCCUCGGCACAACCUCCUCCGCCGCCUCCGGCAGAACACGCGGGCGCCGCGGGGCCCGCAAGUAGAACUACACCGCAGGUUGCUGCCUCAGACGAGCGUCAAGCCACGGAUGAAGUAGAAGAGGAGGACCACCCGUCGGAGUUUCUGUGCCCCAUUUCCCGCGAACUGAUGGCGGACCCGGUGGUGGCGGAGGACGGGCAGACGUACGACCGCCAGAGUAUCCAAGACUGGUUUUCCCUUGGGCAUUCCAGUAGUCCUGUCACGCGAGAAGAGAUUUCUCCCAACAAUCUGAUACCCAAUCGCGCGGUCCGAUCCCUCAUCGAGGACUAUUGCGAAAAGAAGGGGAUCGCGAAACCGAUUCCCCCUGCGCCGAACAGACCGGCGACGACGCGAAGUCCGGGGUUUCUGCAAACUCUAGCGCAACACUUGUUCAACACGGGGGGAGCGGGUCAGGGUCAACAACAGCCACCGCCUCCAGCGCCAGUUCAGCAGCGGUAUCUGCCGACAAACGGCCAGACCACGACGGCGGCAACAUCGAGUAGCUCCAGCUCGGGUGUACCAGGGCGGCCUCCUCAUCCGAUGCCCAGCUUCGCCUACCCGUCAUCCUACGGGCCGCCAGUACCGAGCCCGCCGCCGCAGCCAUCGCACUUGCUAGGACAUCAUCAUGGCGGGGGAAUGACCAUUCAGCAAACGAUCCCGGCGUCACAGGUAACCAUUCUUCACAGCGGGGGUCCCGGGCCAUCAAUUGCGGCGAGUCCAACGCAGGUGAGCUUACUUCCGGCGACACAAGGAGGUGCUGUUGGCGCAACGAUUUCUGUAACCACAAGCUCUGGAGCGGGAGGAGCCAGUACUACAACGACCUGGGGAACUGCAAAUCGCAAUGCGACCAAUAAUUCGCAGCACCUGUACACCGGUCCCUUAGUCCCGGUCGGGCUUACCGCGGAUCCGAGAAACCUAUUGCGAGGAAAAAUCCCCCCUCCCCAUAUCGAAAAGGUGUGUUUCCGAAAAUUUGUCUUGCUGAUUUGAGACCACAAAUCACGUCUGUCUUGCAAGAAGACAACUCCACAGGCUCUGCCGCAUUAUGCGGGCGGUUUGUGAUACUGCUGGGCCUACAGCAUAGACGUUCUUCAUGCUAAGCCCCUAGGCCAAAAGCUCUCUACUCAGGCUUGGCAGGAGCCUGCUGCCCUCUACUGCAAGACAAACCCGAUCUGUAUACGCAAACCCAGCAUCAGAAGCCUCCUACUUUUGAUAUGGGGAGGGGGGAUGUUUCCUCGUGAUGAAACCCGCAGCGGAUUCUCGUCCGGCAGUGGCAAGCCGGGCGCCAUAUGAAAGUGCACAACUCCCCCUCCCCCUCAUUUGUCAUGCAAAAUACCCAUUCCACCCUUCGCUUCUUGGCACUGUUUGCAUGACAAAUUCUGGUAGCCCAAGUGGCACUAUACUCCAGUGCAAAUUUGUCAUGCAAAGCCGGCACUCUUGUUGAAUUGAUGCUUGUAUUGCCGUUCAUGCUAUGCAAAUGAGGGGAAGGGGGAGUUGUGCACUGUCAUACGCCAGGACGGGCACCCGCAAGCCAAGCUGUGGAAGUGCGUCGGCACCUGGUACGGAAGUCGCGAGGAGAUUAUGGAAUGCAAAUAUGUCUGGGUCUGGAAACUUGUAAUGCUAAAAGUGAAUGAGAGUUUGUUCCACUGCAAAAAUACGGAACCACGCAUAACAAAUUUUUUGGGCUCCUAUGUGUUGCGUGUUCUGCAUGGCAAACUGCGUUUUUGCAUGACAGAAAAGAGGACCGCUUCGUGCUCCUGCAUCACAGAUUCUUAAGGCAUGCCAGACACGCAUCGACAAAUGUAGGAAUCUUCCAGACCCCGACAUAUUUCCAUUUGAUAGAGAUCGUCGCGCGGCUCCGAGAGGGCGCCGACAUCAACUACUAUGGCCAGCUGUGCUCCUGGGGCGACCCGGCGGAAGACCGGUUCGGGUAUCGGAAAAACUUCACGCUACUGCACAACGCGGUGAUCCACGGGAGGGCAAAGACGGCAAAAGUGUUGCUCGAACUAAACGCGAACAUCGAGGGGUCCGUUGCUCCCACGGCCGAUGCGCCGACACCCUUGCAAGCCGCGGUUUGCUGGCGCCAACCGAAUUUGGUCCGGUUGCUGCUGCACAACGGUGCGAACCACGAGGUGUUGUGGUGUCCGCUGGAAUACUCGCUUGCCCAUCGGUCGAUGGAAAAUGUGGCGCGGAUUCUGUCCGUGGUCGGGAUGUUGUUCAAGAACGAGCGGAGCUGUUUGGAGUUUUGCGAGGACGAGAUCAAGCAGCUACACUUGAAAAACGCACAGAACCGGCCGGGGAGCACGAGUAACGCUACUCUGCGUGACUGGGUCGACAUUCAGGAAUGUGUUGCCGCGAGGGUAAAUGGCACACUGCAAUUCGAGUACUCGGUGGAAGACCAAAGCUCUUGCUGCAUAUCCUGAAAAUAUGAUAUUUAUAAUGUUAUCGAAGAAACUCAAUUUGCAUUUGCUCUGUGCUUUGCUAUGCAAGCAAAGCUAUGACGCGUUGCUACAAAUACAAAUUAUACAAUCGCUUAUGCGGUUUCUACUUCAC